AGGCAUCAUUACUGAUCCCACAAACGGGGCUUAAGCCAAGGUAAUGAGUGUGUAAACUAGCUGCCUUAUUGCUAACAAAGGCGUCUUGGGACGCGCUCCCAUUGUCUCGGAGGGAAUCAUCACCUUUUCUCAGUGAAAUCCGCCGCGGAUUGUCUGCGUGCAACAGGAGGUAGGGAUUAAGGAUGCGGGCCCUGGAACAAAUGGCGAGGCAAGUCAGCCCAGUACAGGCCGGAGGCGGGGCCGAACGACACCCACAAUUAAAGAUGAACUUUGAGUGAACUAAUUUAUCUGAGGGAGGAGAAGGUAGCAGGCUGCCCGCAGUCCUGGCAGCCUAUAAAAGCGCGGAAUGAGCAGCCCUGCAGUCUCAUAGCGGACAGAGUUUCACCUGAACUAGCCUACUGCACCGCAUCUCUCCAACGAGACGCCGACUGUCACUGACUCCGCUGCAACAUGGCUCUGAACACUCUGCUGGCCACCUUCCUGUGCACCAUCGUGCUUCCCAUCCUGCUGUUCCUGGUGGCGCUGAAGCUUUGGGAGGUUUACAUGAUCCGAGGCAGAGACCCGAGCUGCACGAGCCCGCUGCCCCCGGGAUCCAUGGGCUUACCUUUCAUCGGAGAGACGCUGCAGCUCAUCCUGCAGAGGAGAAAGUUUUUGCGGAUGAAGCGGCAGAAGUACGGUUACAUCUACCGCACACACCUCUUCGGGAACCCCACGGUGCGCGUGACCGGAGCGGAUAACGUCAGGCAGAUUCUGCUGGGAGAGAACAGGCUCGUGUCCGUGCAGUGGCCCGCUUCUGUACGCACCAUCUUGGGCUCGGAUACACUGUCUAACAUGCACGGAGCCCAACACAAAACCAAGAAAAAGGCCAUCAUGCAAGCUUUCUCCACCGAGGCUCUGGAGCUCUACAUCCCUGUCAUUCAGGAGGAGGUGCGGGCUGCAGUGGAGCAGUGGCUGGCCAAGGACUCUUGCGUGCUGGUCUACCCUGAGAUGAAGCGGCUGAUGUUCCGCAUCGCCAUGAGGAUCCUGCUGGGUUUCGAGCCAGAGCAGAUCAAGACAGACGAGCAGCAGCUGGUGGAAGCUUUCGAGGAAAUGAUCAAGAAUCUGUUCUCGCUGCCCAUCGACGUGCCUUUCAGCGGACUGUACAGGGGUCUGAAGGCGAGGAACUUCAUCCACUCCAAGAUAGAAGAGAACAUCAAGAAGAAGGUGCAGGAGUCAGACAAGGAGUCCAAACACAGAGACGCUCUGCAGCAGCUUAUCGACAGCAGCAAGAACAAUGGGGAACCGUUCAGCAUGCAGGCCAUUAAGGAGUCUGCUACAGAGCUGUUGUUCGGGGGCCAUGAAACCACAGCGAGCACAGCCACCUCUCUGGUCAUGUUCCUGGGCCUGAACCCUGAAGUUGUGGAUAGACUGAGGCAGGAACUGAUUGAAAAGGAGGAGCAGGGGAUGGACCUCCAUAGUCUGAACAUUGAGUCCUUGGAGCAGUUGAAGUACACCGGCUGUGUCAUUAAAGAGACUCUGAGAAUCAACCCUCCGGUUCCUGGAGGCUUCAGAGUGGCCCUCAAGACCUUUGAACUCAAUGGUUACCAAAUUCCCAAAGGCUGGAACGUCAUCUACAGCAUCUGUGACACUCAUGAUGUGGCAGAGAUGUUCCCCAACAAGGAAGACUUCCAGCCGGAGCGCUUCAUGACCAAACCCUCGGGCGACUCCUCCAGGUUCCAGUACAUCCCAUUUGGAGGGGGCUCUAGGAUGUGUGUGGGGAAAGAGUUUGCUAAGAUCCUGCUAAAGAUCUUCCUGGUGGAAGUGGUCACAAAGUGUCACUGGACUCUUUUAAAUGGGCCACCCACCAUGAAAACAGGACCUACUGUCUAUCCUGUGGACAAUCUGCCAACAAAGUUUACCAGCUAUGUACAAAAUUAAACUGAGAUGACAAUAGAUCAUGUUUCCUAAAAGCAGUGUAGAGUGAAAUAUGAGGUUUCCCAAAAGUCUCAAAUCAUCUGUGUUUUACCUCCGAAUCCACAGGGGGAACUACAGUAAAGCUACUUGGAGUUUUUUGGAAUUACUCUGUGCACUAAAGAAUCCGAUCAAAGGCCGCAUUUACACAAUGAUCUUCAAUUUUUUUGACACGACAUAAAUUGUACAUAUUGUAGAUGACUUAAGAACGUAUUUUACAUUUUAUAUUAUGAUGUUAAUACAUUGAAUUUGUAUAAAUAUAAAUAUAUAUGUUUUGUUUGAACAAACUAAACGCGAGGCACUAUACACAGACAUGGAACACUUUAAUCAGCUCAGAGGUGUAUCUAUAGGAUUAUGUACAUAUGUAAUGUAGAGUCUGUUUAUAUAACUUUUGUAUCUUACCCCAACUUAUUUAAGUGACUUAUGUUAUAUUGUAUGGGCUUUUUAUUUAAUAAACUGUUAUGCAAA